AUGGACAUUCUGCUCUGCAAACCUGGUCUUCCUUUCUGCAGACCUGGUCAUUCUACUCUAUCUGUUCUGCUGCUCUGGUCUGCCACUCUGCAGACCUACCCAGCCACUCUGGUCUUUCGCAUUGCAGACCUGCCUUGCCGUUCUGGUAUGCUGCUCUGCAAACCUGCCCUGCCGUUUUGCCAACUAUUGGCGUUCCUCGACUUUGUGCUGCGGCAUAGCAGCCACCCUCGUGGUCGUCGUCACCAUGGGCACCACCAACGAGUAAUGGUCGCUUUCACUUCGGCGGCGGCGUCCUCGGCGGCGGCGAUCGUUUACUUAGCACACAAUGGAAGCUCGGAGGCCAACUGGGUGGCCAUCUGCCUUCAGUUCGACGGCUUCUGCCAGCGCAUCAGCGGGGCCGUCGUCGCCGCCUUCAUCGCCGUCGUCUUCUUCAUGGCGCUGCUCCUCAUCUCCGGUCUCCUUCUGCGAAAGCGCUAA